AUGUUGGGAGCUGCAUCUUAUAAUAGACAUCAAUCUCAAGUAAUAUUGAUUAAAAACUUGAUAAAAUAUAAACUACUAGUAUAUUUUAAAACACUUUUUUUUAUGGUUUUAGAUACACAUAUUGUAUGAUGCCAUGGAAAGUAAUUUAGACUAUAAAAUAUUGAAUACUUUGUUUAUGCAAAUCAAGCCUGUGUAUGUUAUAUAUAAAAUAUACUACUUUAUUUUUACAAUAUAAUACUUCAGAAAAGAAUUUAAAUUAAAAUAAUUAUAUUUGUAUAGACAUAUUGUAGUGUGCAAUUUAAUAAAUGGGACUUUUUUAAAAAUAAUUAAACAGUUAGCUUAUGAUGGCAAAAUAAAUAUGUAUGCAAAUUCAAGUACAACAGUUAACUCCAUAUUGGAUGAAAAAAUCCACGUAUUACCCAAAUGGUGUUUCAGUGAGUAUUUUAAUAUAGUUUAAAAAUAAUUAAAAAAUAUUUUUAUAUUAUUAUUAGUUUGCUGGAUUAAAAUAUUUAAAUCAAAGAAGUGGGAAUUAUUUUUUUAUUGUAACUUUCUAAAAACAAUUAGUUAAGACAAUUAAUAUACAAAUUUAAAACAUAAUAGGUGUGUUUUCAUUAUGUGGUUUUCAGUAAACAUUUGCUGCAUUGUUUGCUACUUGGUUGCAAUAUCGUAAAAACAUAUUGUGUAAUGCAUACUUACAAAAAAUAAUAAAUUAAAAACAAAAAUAUUAAAAUAGUUAAUGCUCGUAAAUAAAUAAAUUAAUGAAUGUGUCGCCUGGAGUAUUAUUGAAGUACUUACUUACUAUUUUACCAAAACGUAACCACUUACUAAAGGGUUAACUAUCACCUAAAAACACCUAAUAAUGAAUUUAAAUCUGUUUUAAUUUUAUAUUAUAAUAUAAUAUCACUAAGGUUGAAAAAAAAAGUUUCAUCAAAAAAAUUUUUACUUUUAGAAUUUAAAACUUGUGAACAAUUAAUUUUAUCCAUGCCAUUGGCUUCAGCACCUAAAAAUAAGGAAUCACGGAUACGUUACAUACGAAGUUUAGUAGAUUUUACUCAAGAAUUGGCUGUAUGUGCAUUAGGUGCAUUAUUAUACUUCAUGGAUAAUUCAUUGGAAAGAUUAAAUUUACCAUCAAAUUUCACUAUAUUAUCAUUAAGAAUCCUUAACAUGAAUGAUUUAGUUUGGCUGGGUAUUAGUACAUAUGAAUCGUUACAAAUAUUUUCUGCUCAUGAACAUCCAUCAGCAAACAAUUGGAUUGUAAAGUCAAAUAAAGAUAAUGGUCUAAGUUCAAGUAUUUUCAGUUUAUUGAAUAGAUGUAACUCAGUUUUCAGUUCAGAGUAUUUAAAGAAUAUUUUAGCUCAACCUACUAAAAAUCUUGAUGUACUUAGAUACAGACAUGAAGUAAUAGAAUUUUGUUUAAAACCGUGUAAUAAAAAUACGAUAAUUUCAAUUAUUGAUUGUAUUAAACAUUGCCGCUGUGUGUUAGUAAGUGAAAUAUUAUUGAACAUAUGUUAGUUAGUUAAUAUUUAGGUAGGUAACAACAAAUUUGUAUAAUUUAAGAUGUUUCAAUGCAACUUAUUAAUCUUACUAAUUGUGAUUAAUUUUUUGAGUUUUUACAACAAUAGUUUAUACAAAUCUACAAUGAAAUAUUUAAUAGUAAUAAUUUUUUUUAAUUCUGAGUGGAGGGAGGGAUGUAUUGGUUACAAUGAUGUUUAUUUAUUCAUUAUAUAUUUUUUUUUUGUGAACAACUUUUCUACCAAAAAUUUUCCUCCUAUUUUCAAGUGUCCCACUACACUUGAAAAUCCUUUUCUGAAAGGAUAUUUGACUGGGGAGGUACUUUGGGAAGAUCAUUUUUUGAUUUUCCUAGUUUUUAUAAUAAAUGGAAAAAAGUGAAAAUGGUCAAAAUGUACAUGCUCUUCAAAACUCCCCAUUGUCCGUUUGUUUCAUCAUAGUAAAAUAAUACAUAUUUUAUUUACUUUUAAUUAUUGUAUUUUAUAAUUAUUAAAGUAAAAAAGCCAAUCUAAAUAUAUUAUCAAAAAUAAAGUAAAGUCUUUGAUAUUUACCACUAUAUUUAUAUUUUAUUGAAUAGAUUCCUUUAGAUGUAUUAAUAUUCAAUACUAAUCUGUUUUUAUAUACCUAAUUUUAGUCCAUAAUGGUUAAAUUAAAUGGUGGCAAUGCUUCAAUAUAUCAAUGGAAAUCAUUAUAUCAAGUAAAUAUAUUUAUUUAUUUCACAGAUUUUACAUAAUUAUUAUUUCUACUAUACAUUAAGUACCUACAUUAAUUUUACUUAAAAUCAUCUAAAUUUCCUUCUACAAUUCCCUUUUUCACAUUCUAUGUGUUCAAUGUUAACCAUUAAAGAUUCGACAAAAACAUUUUUUCAUUUUUUUACUUUCUUAAAUUCCAUCAAUAUUAUAUUUGUAACAUUAAACAAUUUCUGAGACAUAUUCUUUUUUACAAUUUUAUCAUCGCGUUUUCCUAAAUUUUCCUGAACUGAAUUUUAAUGAUUUUCGUAUUAAAGUACCAAUAUCGUUAAAUUUUCAAUAUAAAAAAUAUCUACUUAAAAAUGUUAACACAAUUAUUGGAAUAUUAGAAUAGACAUUCAGCAGUCAAAAUUGGCAUAGACAAAUAAUGGUACUAGAAUUUUCAUAUUUUCUCAGUUUAAAUUCUAAAAAUGUGUAAUUUUAAAUGUACUAUAAUAUUUUCAGUCAGUUCUAAAUGCUAUAAAAAUUGGAGAAAUUUGUGGAAGAUAUUGUGAAGAAAUUAAUUUGUUUAGAAAAGUAUGUAAUUAUAAAAUAUUGAAUAUUACAUUUAAUUAUCAAGCUGUACUAGAAUAUAAUACAAUUAUAGAUUAAUAACUCAUUAAAAGGUAGUCUUUAUAAUAUGGCUAGUUCUAUGACUCGUAUAAUUGACUUUGAACAAUCGACCAAACAAGACAAAUUUAUAGUUAAUACUGGAGUUUUACCAGAACUUGAUGAAAGUAAAUAAAAACAAUUUGAAUACAUUUUAUCCAUUAUUAAUAUUAAUAUUUUCCUAUAGAAAAGUUGAAAAUCAAAAAUAUGUCUCAUGUAUUAGAUGUAAUGACAUUAAUAGAGUUACAAGAUUUACCUUCACACAUUCAGGAGUGUUCAAUAUGUAAAUGGCCAGAAUUAGGAUUUUUUUUAUGCAUUCCAAUUUGGAAACAUUCUAGUGAAAUGACUGAAAAUGAUUAUAAAAUACAAAAUUUGGAAUUUAAAGUACAUUUUUCAUUUGUUAAUUUAAACUAUAUUAUUUAUGAAAUAUAAUGUUAUAAUGGUAAUUAUUUAUAAUACUUAACAUAUAUUUUAUUAAUUUUAGUUUCAGAUGGCCAAUGAUGUUUAUUACAAAACUUCAAGAUGCUAUGGUAUGUAUAAUAUUACACAUAGAUAGGUAUUUUAUUAAAUUUAUUAAAAAGUUUCACUUUUUUUAUUUGAUAAUAGUGCAUAUAUUACUGAUUGAAUGCCACCCAUGUCUUCUGCCAAAAUAAUGUACACUUGUGAAAAUAAUGAAGGGCUAACACUAAAUGUACCAUCAACAAACCACGUCUUUGAACAUUUUAAGAUAUUUAACCCCAUCUGUCUUUCAAAUAUUAAAAUUCUAUUAAUUUCUUUAUCACUAUCAGCUAAUACAAAUUUUUCUUGAAUGCCUUUUACUGGUGAAUAAGUUUGAUACAUUUCAGAUAUUUCCAAUGAAAUUAGAUUUAAUGGUGCAAGUGGAGCAAACUAAACUUCCUUUCUUUUUCUUCUGAUUUUCUCUUUCUAUGCAUCAUUAUUCAGAAGAACACCAUAAUGUAAAAUUAAUUAAUCUAAUUAAUAUUCAAUAAAAAAUAACUAUUGAUUAUUAUUUAUACAAUAUAUACAAUAAUUAUACCUUCGCUGCUUGAGACAAGCCUAAUGUACACUCAGUAGUACCACAUGAUGUUUGUUCCAUUGUGGACAACGAUCGUUUUCUUAUAUUAGUAAUUUGUGUCUCAACUUUGGCAGCAUCAGAAUCAUGAGUAUGCAUAUUUUCAGAUUUUUUGAAAAUCAUCAAAUUGUCAAUACUAGUAUGAAUUCUUGCCAAAUAAUGAUUUUUUUGGCGACAUCUUCAAAAUUUGUUUUGUUCGUCAGCAUUAAAUUUGUCAAAUAUGUACAUAAAAAUUAAACAACACCCUUCGAUUACGUUUGGACUUAAUUUUAUGCAUUAUUAUAAUACAUAUUAUAGUGUGUUUUUAAUUUUUUAAAACUAAUGAACGGUAAAUUUGUGUACUUCACUAGAGACGACUGUUUGUAAACUGUAGUAAAUAAUGACACCAAACAAUUGGGCAAAUUCAUUUUAUCAUCAUAAAUAAUAUAUACUAUGGUAUAGUAAAUCUGCUUUAAUCGAUGACGUCGCCAAAACGUCUAUAUCUGCAAUGCGACUUAUAUGAUUUUUAAAAUAAAUAAAUUAUUAAAAACUAAUGGAAUUGUUUGACAAUAACUAUUAAUAAUCUCAUUUUUCUCCUCAUCUGUUUAGUUAAUUAUCAAAAUAAUUUAUUGUUGAUUGCCUCUCCAUAUACAAUUAUUUGGUAUAAAAUAAUUAGACUGUUAGGAUUUGGGUUUCUUUUCUGUUUUUUUUUUUUUACAAAAUAGUUUGUAUUUAUUUUAUUAUAUAAAAAUGAUGUCUAUGUAUAACAUUUAAAAUUUAAUUAUCAAAAUAACACUUAAAAGCUGUAAAUAUACAAAUACAAAUUUGUUUCUUACUGAAAAGUGAGAAUGUUUAGGGUUCUCCAUAAAGAAUAUAUGCAAAUUUUAGAACUUCCAAGUAUUGAUAAAUAGGUACUAGUUGACUAAUAUUUGAAAUUAACUGAUAUAUUGGUUGAAAGCCAGAUCUAUUUUUAAAUAUUCUAGACAUUAAUAUUUUUUUCUGAAUAGUUCAAACAUAUCAAGUCAAUAAUAGGCUUUUUAAAAAAAAAAAAAAACCAAUAUCGUGUUAUUUAAUUUUUAGACUUAUUUCUAAUAAUAAAUAAUAACGUUUUUAGAACUAGACAAAUUUUUUGGGGAAAUUGAAUAUGGUAUUAUUAAAGAAGAAACACAAACAAUGAUUAAACUUACUGAACUUAUUACUCAAUAUUGGAUUAGUGAUCUACAUGCAAUUUUAUAUUUAAUUUCAGAAUUAGAUUGGUAAGUAUAUAUAAUGUUGAAAUAUAUAAAUCUAAUUUAGUACCCUCCCCCUCACGAUUUUCCAAAUUUGGUUCUAUUGAAUGUGUUUUUUGAUGCUGAAUUAUAUGAUAGAACAAUGAGAAUUUGGACUAAAAUUUGGUUGGACUUUGAACUAUAGCACAAUGAAGAUGGAUAUUAUGAUGUAUUGUGAUGCAAAAGUUACAACUAAAGUAACCAAAGUUAUUCACUUUUUAAAAAAAAAUUGUAUUUAGCACUGUGUGCAUGUAUUUAUGUGAUUUGUAUUACAUUAGACUAUAUUAUUAAUUGUUAUUAUUAGGGCUCAAAAGUUAUAGGAGUUGCAUAUUUUUCUGUAUGCGCUGAAUUUAUAAGAAACCAUUUAUAGAAGUAUUUUAAAAUUAAACAUUAUGCAUAUUUCAUAGAUUUUCAUUGAUUUUCGCAUAUUUUUUUAUGCAUAUAAUAUUUUCUAAAAAAAAGUUUUCUUCCUUUAAAAAUUUAUUUUAAAUAAUAUUAAAUUUAAAACUCAAUAUUAUUUUAUUAUUUCUUACUGAAUUAGUCUAUUAUUAAUUUAACAACAACUGUGCGAUUCGUAUUUAAACUUUAUAUUAGAUUUACAUAUUAAUAAUGACAUUAUAUGGUAUUGAUUAAUAAACUGAAUAAUUUUUUGCAUAUUUUAGAAUUUUUUCGUGUAUAUUUUGCCUUUUUUAGCUUCUAUAACUUUAAGCCCUAAUUAUUAUUAAUAGCCAACUCAUGAAUAGAGGUGACCAAAAUCCUUGUCUCACAUAAUAUAUGUUGGUUUACAUUUAGUCAUUUAGAACACUAUAUAUUCUUGCAGUAGUAUCAGGUUGGAAGUGUAAAUUAAGACAGCAUUAUUGGAUUCCCUCCCCUUAAAUAAAAGUUGCGCAGCAUCACAGAAUUAACAAGUGAAACCAAAAAGUAUAAGAAUCUUUCUCUUAUACCCACAUUACUAUUUUGCUUAAUAGGUACUUAUAGACACAUAUUUUAAAUCUCUAUAAUAAUUUCUGAAAUAUUUUAAUUGCAAAAACAUUUGUUUUGCCGAAAUUUCUUUAAUCAUGGUAAUUGCAAAAAAUUCAAAUAUUUUCAGAAUCAGUGUCAAAAGACGUCUAAAAAAAAAAAAAAAAAAUUGUGGGGGAGCUAAACUAAAUUUAUUCUAAUAAUCUAAACUCCUAAGAGUAAAAUUAAAUAUUUUUUUUAAAAAAUGAUUCACACAAUGAAUUAGUCAUUUUUUCCCAAUGCAAGUCUAAGCAUUCUAAUAAUUAUAAUUUGGUGGGAUCAAGUUAUAUAGGUACCUAUUUAUUAUUUUAUUAGGAUGAAAAUAACUCAAAUUAUACAUGUCAACUUUUUACAUUUUUAUUAUAACCAAAAUUUUUUUUUUCUUUUAUUUUUAUUAACUGUAAUAAAAAAUUGCUCAUUUUAAAAUCAUAUUGACUUAAUAAUUUCCAAGCUUUUGAUAGUAGUGAUAUGCUGUCAAUCUCAAAUAGAUUUCACAAUAGAUUUAUAUUUUCAUAAUUUGUGUCUUAUUAUUAAACUAAAAAGUCGUUCACAGACACAAAAAAAAAAAACCAUAAUCAUAAUAAAACUAAUAAAUCCCUUGCUCUGCUCAGAAAAAUUGAGAUAGUAAAUCACCAUUUACAAUCCCAUUAAUAAUAAUCUAAAAUUCAAGUAGACAUAGUAUGAUGUAAUCAUAUUUAAAUAAAAUUGCUUAACAAUAUUUUAAAUGUUUAGCUUAAUAGGUUUUGCAGAAGUUGCUCAAGACUUAACAUUAAUAAAACCUAAAAUGCUUCCAAAAGAGAAAUGUAUGAUACAUAUUGUUAACGGUCGACACAUUUUACAAGAACAAUAUGUGAAUAAAUUUAUUCCAAACAAUUACAACUCUUCAAAAAUGAAUCAAACUAUUAAAAUUUUAACAGGUUUUAAUUCAACUGGAAAAAGUGUUUACUUAAAACAGGUUUAAAAUCCAUAUAAUUAUUUCAUUUUAAAAAUGUAAUUAUAUUUUUAAUAUUAAUAGGUAGCACUUAUAUCAUAUUUAUGCCAUAUUGGAUGUUAUGUACCAGCAGAGUAUGUGGAAAUCAGUGUAUUAGAUCACAUUCACACUAGAAUUCAAUCAACUGAAUCUGUAAGCACUUUAAUGUCAGCCUUUAUGAUUGAUUUAAAACAAGUUAGUACUCAUAUUUUAAAUAUUAAAAGAACAUUUUCUCACUGUCAUUUAAUGUUUCUGUCAUAGAAUAUUGACUAUAGGAAUUUUAAUUUCUUUGUAUUAUUUUAAAACAUCGCUCAAAUGUUUUUAUAUAAUAAAACAUUGCCAAGUUUAUAGUCUAAUCGACUAUUAGUUAAGUUUAAGUAAUUAUUUAUUCAAUUUCAUAAAAUUCAAAUCCCCAAUGAUUUUGGAAAGUAGGAGUAAGAGUAUGUUAUCUCAAUUUUAAUUAUAAUUGUGUAUUACCAUAUUAGUUUAUUAAUUUUAUAUUGCUAUAUUAUCAAUUAUUUCAGAAUUCAGGUAUGUAUACCCAUUAUAUACCUAUUUUCAGAUAUACUAAUUGUAACUACAGCACCCCACCCCCCUAUAUUUGCUUCCUAUUGCAAUUACUGGUGGAUUAAAUAACCUAUAGUUAUGGAAUAAAUGGCAGGGAUGAAACAUCCUGAUUUCGUUUUAAAUAAAUUUAUCACUAUAUUCUAACUAAUUAAGUUAUUAAAGUAAUUUAUAUUAACAAAUAGAUGUCAGUAGCAGUAAAUGAAUCAACGUGUGGAUCUCUUAUAAUAUUAGAUGAAUUUGGAAAAGGUACAUCUGAACUUAAUGGAUUAGCUCUAUUAUUAGCAAGUAUAAGUCACUUUGUGCAUAGACCAUUACAUUUAUUACCACACAUUAUUGUUUCGACUCAUUUUUAUUCUUUGCCAAAUCUUCUUCAACAAAUAAUAAAUACAAAUAUUUUAUAUCAUAAUAUAAAGGUAAAUACAUAUUAUAUUGAUUUAAAUACCAUUAUUAACUGGUAAGGAAAACAAAUUAUUUUAUUUUUAGUUUUUAAGCAUGAGUUAUGAAAUAGUAAACUCAGAAUUAGUUAGUUCAUACAUGGUGGUUGAUAAAAAAAUUAAUCAAAACUUGAGUAUGGCACACCAUAUAGCAGCCUUGAAUGGUUUACCAACAACUAUAGUUCAAAGAGCUACUCAAGUAUUCAAUAACAUUUUUUAAUCAAUCCUUAAUGACUAAUAUUUAUUACAAUAUAAAUUUAAAAUUGUUUUAGGUUCUUCAAUCAGUUCAAAACAAUGAGUAUGUAAACCCAAUGGUAGAAAAUCUUAGAUUUGAAUUACUUUUAAGGUAAAUCAAAAAUAUUGUUAAUUUGUUCAUAUUUAUUAGUUAAGUCAAGAGGUGAAAAUUUAGUUUCUCAUGAAAUGCAAAAGAUAUUCUUUUAAAAAAAAACUUACAAAAAUUAAAAAAAAAAGGUUCAAUAAAUCCAAAAAAAAUUUCUCAUUUAAAAAUACAUGAUACAAAUUUAUAACAAAAUGAACCACAUGUUAUCUGAGUUACCACUGUCCAAUAAUAAAAUAAAAAAACUUCAUUGUUUGAAUUAUAAAAAUUUUGAAUUAAAAUUUUAGAUCUAAAUAUGAAAGAAUAAUUAGAAAUAAAUUUAUUUAUUUUCUUUAAUAAUUUAUUAAUAUGAACACACGAAAGAUAAAUUUUCCUGAUUUCUUCCAAUUAUUAUAAAAACCACGUGGAAAACAAAAAAUUAUCUCCCAAAAGUACAACCCAGAUUAAAAAAAAAAAAACAUUGUAAAACCAAUACAUGUUACUGCAACAAAAUUAAUAUGUUCAACAUAUAUAUUUUGAUUACACUUAUUUACAAUAAUAAAUACAUUCCUCGCUUCACUCAGAAUCUAAAUAGAUCAGUUUUCUGAAGUUGGAACUUCUUAGAUUUUUUUUUUUUGUAGAAAAUCCAGAUAGUCAACAUUUCUAUUUAUGAUUUUGUGUAGGAAAACAUUGUUGAAUAUUGUCGUCUAUUACUAAUUUUUAAUUAUAGCAACCUAUUCAACAUUUUGAUUAAACCAACCGGGUUUAAAAGUAAAAAAUUGUAUAAAACGAGUGAACUUUUUUUCCAAUUUAUUAAUUAGACUAGACUGGCAUUAAUAAUGCUAAAAAAUAAAUUGAAUAAUUUAUUGCAAGUUUUAUUAUUUAAUAUAUUAUAACAUUUAAUUGUAUGUUUUAUACAAACUUUUUUUUUUUUUAGGAGAAAACAAUACAUUGGAAAUUUACUUGAACAUAUACAGGUAGAUGGAAUUACAGAGGGUAUUUUUCAAGAUUUGGUGGAUGAUUUAGAAAAUAUAAGGUACCCACAAAAAUAUUAG